AUGUCCCCUUCAACUGUAGCGCUAGGUCGCCCGAUUGGCAAGUUUGAUACUGAUGUCAACGGCCUUGCUCGAUACAGUCUCCCAAUCGACCUCCCUAAGGGCAGAGGACAUGGAAACGAGCCAGUACUAUCUUUCGAAUACUCUCAAGGUGCUCCAAAUGGAGUUCUUGGCGUUGGUUGGGCGAUUAGCGGUACAUCUUCAAUUCGCCUUGGGCCAGCCGCCCUCGCCUUUGAUGGGUUGAAUGAUGCCCCGGCAGGAUUCGAUCCGUUCGUGCCCAGAUUGGCACUGGAUGGAAACGUCCUACUCAAUAUCCAAGGAGAUUAUCUGUCAUCAGAAGCUGUUUACAGAACUGAAAUUGACAGUAUGGAACAAACGGUCAAAGUACUUGGCGAUGGAUUCGUUCUCAAAGAUUCCACUGGCCAAACAACUGAGUACGGGACUACAUCAGACAGCCGAAGUUUGGACAGCCAUGGCUCUCCAAUCGAGUGGCGCGUCAAAAAACGGAUCGAUCCCUUCGGCAAUUGUGUGACUUUCCACUAUGAACAAGCACUGGAAUCUUCUGCUUCUGAGCUCCAAACAAAAAGCGCAUGGUAUAUCUCAGCCAUUGCAUACACUUCAAACAUUAAGACGGGUCUUGAAGCGAGGCAUCUUGUGACUUUCGAGUACAUGGCGCGAGAUGACCCAGUUGUUCAGAGUGUUUAUGGUGAUAGAAUUGUUUGGUCAAGGAUUCUCAAGGCAGUUCAUAUUGGACUUGCUCAAAAUCCAACCAAGAAUCGCAUUCGUUCUUACCAAGUCGAUUACGUCAAAUCUCCAACUACGGCCUCUUAUAUCUCUACACUGAUUGAAGUUGGGUACCAAGGUGGUCAAGAGUAUCGACUAGACCCAACCACAUUCGAGUACAAGAGCUUUCAUGAGCCAGCUGAUCAGUUUCAUACAACUGAUAGCCCUAUUCUAUCCUUGUUAGAAUCGUCUAAUACAGUCAUGGCGAUGAAUCUAAACGUCAGUGGCCGUGGAAUGGCGGACCUGGCCUGUUUCUCGUACAAUACUGCGGCACGGCAGUUCUCCAUCAAGACCUUUCUGGCAGAGAGGACUGGCGAAGUCAUUGGUAAUGGUCCUGCGAUCACCUGGCAAGCCUCACAAGGCGAAGGUUCUGAUGCACAGCUGCCCUUUAUUGACCCCAACUGCAUCGCCAAGGCCUUUGGUGCUGACCUCAAUGGUGAUGGGCGUGUCGACCUGAUCCUACCCUUCGAAGGCGCAAACGGUACAGUUCAUCUGUCACUGUCCGAAUCGAUCGGCACUGGCUUUAAACACUAUCAGGUUCUAGAGACCAACUUGCCUUGGAAUGACAACAACAGUUUCAAGGCUGUAGACCUGACUGGCCGAGGGACGAGUGAGAUCGUUCAGAUUUUUUCCGAUGGAGAAAAGUUGGCUCUUCGUACAUACCCAUCCUUUCAGAAUAACGGCGAAAGUUUCCUUCUGGCGGGACAGAUCCUGCAUACGGACGAUAAUUUCGCUGGUACUAUUGACUGGCUCGACAUGGUGACACAAGAGAACGGAGCGAGGAGUCUGCUCCGUAUCUGGCGAGAAACCGUUCGUGGUGGACUCAACCAACUAAAAGCAACGAGAUACAUCCUGAAGGAUGCCAAUGACCCGGCCAGUGGAUUCGUUGAAGCUUCGACGUCCAUGCUUGGACUGCCUGUGCCAGAAGACAACGCAGAGAUCUCAGUUAUCGCAUGUGACAUCAACUCUGAUGGUGUAGAAGACAUUAUCACUUGCGUUGUUGAAAAGCCUGGAAACGAGAUCUUGUUCAAAUUCAAUACUUUCCUUGGUGAUGGACUUGGCUCCUUUUCGUCCCUUGGACACACUUUUGAGAAAGAGUUUAAGCUCAAAGAGCCCCUUAAGGAUGGCUCAUUUCAUUUGGCAAAUUUUCUUGGCUCGCAGACACCAGAUCUUGCCUAUGUUGGUUGUGAAACAUCUUCUGGGGACGUAGUAGCAUUUAUCGCUGAAGGCUCACAUAGUGGCCUUGUACGAGACAUGCUGUUCGUUCGCAUUGCCUCCAAUGUUCCCUUCUCUAAUGUUCGAGUGUCGGCAUCGGACCUCAAUGGGUCUGGGGUGAGCGAUUUCCUCAUACAGGCGGUUGAGGGUGGAACUCUCAAGGUUAUAAACGCCUACAACGUAAAUGACCCUUCAGACUUUAUGGCCUCUACCACUUCACCUCUUGGAAUGAAGACGGAUAUAACUUAUGCAUCGUUAUCGGACCCAGCAGUAUACGAACCAGACACGAAAUGGGAUGAAUUUAGGUACUCUGAACAAGCUUCACAGCCCGUCCUCGGAGCAUCAAACUUGGUCGUCUCGAAAAUCACGCACAUCAAUGACGCCAAGAUAAAUGCGAUUCCUUUCGGUGCAUCACUGACGAAAAUGUACAAGGGUGCGAGGAUCAACCGCCUAGGACGUGGAUGGCAGGGCUUUUCCAACAUUGUCACGACAAACUUUUUUGAGAAGGCGGAACCGGUGAUUGUCGAUGAAGAGUUCCAACAAACCUUCCCUUUAACAGGUUUAAAAACCAAAAUCGACACAAUGACCUCCUCAGGCCCCGUACUUAAAUCUGAGAAGACUGACUAUGGACAAUCCCACGUCCAAUUGGGUCAGUGGAAAAUCUUCCGCGUGGAUCGCCUCAAAGCGCAGUCAGAUAUGCUUGAUCAAGGAUCAGUCGUAAGAACGACUGGUAGAGAAAUUAUCCCUGAUUCGCAUGGCAAUACUCUGCAAAAACGAGACUUUGAAGUCCAGAACGGAAGACUGGUACAUGAGUCUUGGGAACGGUCUACGUAUACGAAGAUCAAUGGUAUGGCUGGUUUACAGACAUCCAGAAAAUGGACUUCGAAGAGAGGCAAUGUUGAUCAGUCAAAAUUCGAGGACGGAGACUUUUCCUUUUCGCUUUUCGAUUAUGAUUCCACAACAGGAAAUCUCGUAACAACCCGGGAGUGGUCCUCUGACGUUAGCACAUUCGCAACUAUCAGUAUCGAGUUUGAUGGUUAUGGCAACGAAAUCUCGAAACUUGACGCAUCUGGACUGAAAACAACCACUGUAUAUGACGCUAAGCAUCAGACCUUCCCCAUCCGCGUAGCAUACGAAGGAACUGGCGUUUCUCAUUCCAUGCUUUCCGUUUACGACGAAAUCUCGGGACUGCAGAUUGCACAGCGUGCUACAAACGGCCUCUUGACGUGUCGAGCUUAUGACGCUUUUGGCCGUUCCGUACAGUCAAAGGUGGGGAGUGUAGAUUCAGCAGGAACCCAACAGUCGGCCUUGGAAUUCCUUGGGUCGACUUCUUUCAUCUGCCAUGAAGACAUUAUAACACACUUGGAAAGAGUACAUCUAGACCCCCACACAAGCCUCAGUUUUGACAGAGUUGUUGCCAAGUCGGGCUUGCCAUACCUCUGCGCUGUCUCGCUCGUGGAAGCCAGUGAUGGAACUUCGGGGCGUACAGAGAUUUUAGAGGCCACCAACUGCACCAAUACCGUGUGCCGGAGGAGCAGCAAACAUGGUGAGAUGCAAAAAUCAUGGAAGUAUUGGAACUAUAACUUCCAAGGACUUUUGACACUUGAGAGCUUUCCCAUGUAUCUACCUCCUACGGUAGGUACGGACGAGGAGCUGGAUUUCGUUCCCAACGCGUCGUUGUGUACCAGAAUUACUUACAACGGUAUCAAUAUGCCGAUCGAGAUGGUUCGACCUAGUCAUACUGGGACAGAUCAUUUCGUUGUCACCAAGCUUGAAUACUUCAUCGGUGGAGCAGUCAUAUGCGAGAAGAACUUUCGUCGUGAAGGGAUAGAAGACAAGCUUUUGUCAACUACAUCCAAAAGCAUGUCUCUGAUCGCUGGUGAAGAACGUGUCACCAACAUGGUAGAUGAGAAUGGCCUCAAGUCAACUUUUGUCUUCGACGCCGCUGCUCAGCUCAUUACAUGUCGCAAUGCGGGGAACAAGACAGAAACGAGGAGCUACAACUCACGUGGUCAGAUCGUGAGCCUCAACAACGUCCACCAGAACAUGCAUGCAGAUUCCAGCUCUGUUGCAAUCCGCCGUUUUUACAACGUUAGUGGAUGUCUCCUGGCAGAGACGAACGCACUUGGAGAGACUAUCGAAUAUGAGUAUGAUUGCAUGCAGAGACCGCUUCGAAAAGUCGGAAAAGAUGGACGGGCUAUCAAGUACGAAUAUGAUGCGAAUGGCCUCGAGUCUUUGUCAUCUGUCACCAUGUAUGCAUCUCCUUCUGAUCCCACGUUUGAGACCAAGACCACGUACGAGUAUGAUAUUAGAGGUCGAGGUUGUACGAAGGUGAUAUCAUUUGCGGAUGGAAGUUCCUAUGCCACCUCAGUUGAGCUUGACUGGCAGGAUAAGGUUAUCAAGUCUACCUUACCCGACGGAGCCACAGUGAACAAACGAUGGCAGGGCGGACUCCUCUGUACGAACCAUCUCGUCAGCCCAUCCUCGCAGAAGUGGGAUCUAAAGGCCGACGUCACCAGCUACAGCGCGUUCGACAAACCUCAAGGCUACCAUAUCACGGGAACUAGCUUCACCCGAGACUUUAUCCAUGAGCACAAGUUUGAUGAACUAGGUUUCCCAAUGAGUCAUAGUUUGACAGCUGGUGUCCCAUUGGUACAGAACCAUUAUCUGUAUGGCGACCUCAACCAACUACAACGUGUUCAUGAAUUCGGCUCUGGGCAAACUACUGAUUACUUGUAUGCUGGCAAGCGCCUGAUGUCAUCAGAGGCUAGCAAUAACGGCCGCAUGACAUCAUACACCUACGAUGACUCCGGAAACAUGAUUUCUAGAGGUGCGACCAAGAUAGAACAUGGUCUUGCCAGUACCAGUGGGAUUACUGACCAAAAGCUUACUUUUGAGGUUGGAUAUGAUGGGGCUGGCCGAAUGGUUAGCCGUCAGACGCCGGGGUCGAACUUGUCCGUUGCUUACGACAGCUUUGGAAAUAUGUCGAUGGUGACUGACGUUGCAAUUGAGCAAACAACCAAGUUCUUGUGUGAUGACCAAGGCCAUACUCUUCAACGCACGCGGUCUGAUGGUAGCCACGAGAUAUUCAUCUCCAGAGGAUACACUAUCAUCGUCAAAGCCAAUGGACAGCGAUCCAUCCGCUAUUCUCUCUCUGACAAGGACGAUCUUCUUGCUACUAUAACGAAGGAUCAGAAGUCAGAAUCAGUUCCUGUACCAGGGUCUCCGAGUGUCUCAGUGUAUUAUACCGACACAAAGAAGAACGUGACACACGUGUUCAAUGCCGACGACCGAAACUUGGGCACCACUGCCACUGCCAAGCUUCGUUAUGAUGACUAUGGCCUCUUCUUACCAGAUCAAGAGAAGCCUGAACAAGAGACUCACUUGAACACGUACGAAGGAAGGCCUAUGGAAGGCAUUUCGGGUCUUCUUGACUUUGGCUCUCGGUGGUACGACCCCCUUGUUGGACGCUUCACUACGCCAGAUGAUAUCACCGACCCGUCGUUGCUUGUUGCACAAGAUGGCCUCAAUAGACACGCGUUUGAGAACAACGACCCAGUCAACCAUGUCGAUCCCUCGGGGCACUGGAGCCUCAAUGCCACCUUGGGCGUCCUAGCGGGCGUUGCUCUUAUUGGUCUCGGGUUUGCCGUUGUUGCUUUCACAGGCGGAGCGGCAGCACCUCUAGUAGCCGUAAUUGCCAAAGCAGCACUGGUGGCUGGGGGCAUCGCGGGAAUCUCGUACUCGUUUGAAAACAGUAACGAGAUGGAUAAGGGUAAAUUUUGGAAGGGCUGGGGAAUGACCGUGGCUGUCAACGCGGCGGUUGGUGCCGUAACAUGUGGCAUUGGUGAGUUCGUUGGUGCUGUUUCCGGAUACUCGGCCUCAAUGCAGCGUCUAGCCACGUCGACGAGAUGGGCCAUCGACAGCUACAAAUACAAGUGGUCUCUAGUCGCCGUCAGGGUACUCGGUAACGCCUUGAUGAGCGGUGUUAGCUCCGUGUUGACGAAAGCGGCGGGGCGGGCAAUUGGUAAUGAGUUUCUGGGUCAGAAGAACGAUGUCUGGGGUCAUGUGAAAAGUGAUUUUUGGAAGGGAUUCGCCACUGGCUUUAUACUCGGUGCGGGAAAUGAGGUAAUGGGUAAAUACGGCGACCGUGUGAGUGAAGUAGCAAAGGCCGAUUGGCAGAGGUUUAAGGACCCUAGCUUCUCCAAUGUUUACAGCAAGCCGGGAGUUUGGGACGAUAUAUUCGCAAACUCAACUAAGACCUUUAGCAGUGGCGGUGAAUGGACUGAAGGAUUCCGCUUUGAUGUCGAUACAUUUCAAUUGGACGUCCCGCCCUUUGAUAUCGAUGUAGACAUCGAAUUGCCCGACUUCUUCGAAGCCAUACUUAAGUUCCAGUUUGACCGUGUCGAACUUGACGUGGAACUCGAAGCAACUUUUACAGGAGGAAUGACAUACCGAAUAAAUCUCCUCAAGACAAGAGGCAUGCAUAUCAAAAUCGUUGGAUAUAUCUUCAUGGGUCUAAUCUUUCCCUCAACCUCGUACUUAGUAGAGGCUGAGCUGACCAUCAAGAGCGGCUUCCACGUCAAGUUGGAUGAUGGUAUCCUUCUCAAGAUGGUGCCCUUUGCUGAAGAUGUAUCCGACAUGGUCUUCAACGUUGGCGGGUCUUCAUGGGGCCCAACAGCAUCGACGGAGAUCCCUAUCUUUACUGCCAGCGUCACUGCAGUCUGCGCAUUUAGCCCUACUCCGGCGGCAACACUAUGGCUAUUGACGGUCAAAAUUUUACGCAAUAUAGCAUGUUUGACUGCAGGACUGCUCGACUGCCCUGCGUCACUGCAGACUGCAUUGAAAACAUUUAUCACAGAAUCUCUGGUCACAGUCUUAUCUUCAGGCGAGGACGCAAUUUGGCCGAUGAUGACUGGCUCUGUCACCUGUAGUCCUAUCGAAUUCGGGGAUAAUGUUAAGGAGAUGGUGACAGCCAAUGGUAAACCAAUAACCUAUACUGGAGGCGGCGACAACGACAAUGAUGACGAUUCAGUCUUUCAUCAAAAGUCUGGGGGCGUAUCAAACGCCAUUAUCGUUGGCGUUAGCUCCGAUUGA